AUGUUAAAUAAACGUGAUAGCAAGGCCUACCCAAUGCCAAUACCAACCGGUCUCUCGGACACUAGUGGCAGUUCUCCAGCAGCACCACCGCUAGACUAUCCAAAAACCGUUGCUAAUGUCUUCGCCUACUGCUCUGUUCCUCCGAACCAUAGUACAGAAUGUCUUGACGGCCUUCUGCGCCCACCACCGCAGAUGUCCCGACAAGGAAAUGGAACUAGCCUCGGUAGCACAGGAGAUGGCCGAGGUGGAAUGGGAGAUGAUGGGGACGACGCAGACGAUGAUGACGACUGCUUGACACCCUCCCAGCACCCAAAUGAUUUACCUAAUGACUACUCAAUGGUUGAUACGACUUCAGCAGGAGGAGCUCAGUUGAGCGGUUUCGGACAAAUGGGGCAGCAGCAGGAUCACAGUGGGGGUUCUUAUGGGUCUGGAUCGGGAUCAAAAACUCCCGUUCUACUGCAAACUAGUCAGCAACAACCGCGGCAUCAUCUUCGUCUAUCUGGUCUCGAUGGUCCUCCUGAGGUGCGCUUCAUCAUGCCCCAGGAUGAUUUGGGAAUGGGGGGAGAUGAUCUGGGUGAUGUCGUCAGUUGUGUGGAUAAAAAUCAAGAUAGUGGUCAUCAUAAUAGUGGUGGUGGUGCUCGAGAUAUUGAUGGAAUGAGUGAGCACUCUGGAACACCACAAAUGGUUAGGCCCGCCAGUACGGAUGGACAUUUUGUGGGCACAGACCUCGAUCCCCGAUCAUAUCACUGUGUGCGCUCGGGCCUAUUGAAGGUUCCCACAGCUAAGCAUCAUCCUAACAGUAACGCGAAUUCGAAUCUCUCGAUGCCUUUUGGAGGUCCAGAAACUUCAAGAUGCGCAUCUCCAGCUGGAAUGUACGCAAACAGUCACUUCAAUAGCAAUAUAAGUAAUAAUCUCCACACAAGACAUGCAUCAGGUUCAGCAGCCUACCUGCGUAGCCAUGUCAUGCUAGCGCCUCCUAGUGAUGGUACAAAUAACGGCGUUGGUGGAACUGGAUCAUACCUCUCCGAUUCCGAUCUAAAUUCCAACAUGCAUCACACUGGUUCAGUCUCCUCUUCCCCGGGUCUUCGUACCAAGAGUAUUAGUCCUACAACAUCAUCUGCUGCGGUACAACAACAACAACAACAUGACGUCUUGUUUGCACACUCUCGACCCCAACACCAAAUGGUACCACAUCUUCAAGACCCUAGUCAACAACCCCAACCUGAUCUUCUUUUCUGUCCACCCAUUACUACAACUUCGGGUAGUAAUGAUUUUCUCCCAAUGAACUCGUCGGAUGCUGAUAUGCCACUGAGGUUGAGCAGAUCUCCUGCUAUGAAUUACUCGAAUAGUGGUGGAGGAGGAGGAGGAAUGGAUGGACAAUCAGCAAACAGCCCUUGGGGUGGAAAUCAACAGCAACACAAUAGUGGAAGUGUGUUAGCCCCGGUUAUGGAUGACUACUCCUCCUCAUCACCCCUCUAUCUCUCUACUAUGAGGGGAGAUAAUGUUGGCGAUGGUAGUGGUACUAAUAAUCCGGGUUCUGUACAGAACUGCGGAGGUGGGGCUACCGGCGAUUCCUAUCAGGCACGCUCUGGUGGCGUACAACAACAACGCCAAUGUAUUCCCGGUACAAUGUCUGGCUUAGGCUCAAGUGGUUUUCCUUCGCAAACCGAUCUUCCUCUUGUCAACAAUUUCAACACCUUUGCUACAGUUGACCCCGUAAAUUCAAUUACUGGCAGCCUCAAUCCCAACUCAAAUCCUCCCUCACUCACUUUACCCCACAAACGCCCGCGACGCCACUGA